GUCCAAACAGUUGAGUUUCGACAUCGCCAGCAUUCGCGCGUUUGCCUUAAAGUAGUUGGAAAAUAUCUAAGGAGUAAAAACAUACAGUUUUUUUUAGAAAUUUAUUCAACAGUUUUGGUACAUUUUCUAAGCAAAUAUCCAGCAUGUCCGAGGCAGCAGCAGCAAAUGGCAGCCCUUCCCCAGCUCCAACUCCCGAGGCUCCGGCGGCCGAGUUGGCCCAAUUGGCUCUGGAGGAUGAGCCCAAGGCUAGCUUCUCGGAUCAGUUCAAGGCCUUCUCCAAGUUCGGGGACUCCAAGUCCGACGGCAAGCUGAUCACGCUCUCGCAGAGCGACAAGUGGAUGAAGCAGGCCAAGGUCAUCGACAAGAAGAUCACCACCACCGACACGGGCAUCCACUUCAAGAAGUUCAAGGCCAUGAAGAUCUCACUCGGCGACUACAACAAAUUCCUGGAGGAUUUGGCCAAGACGAAAAAGGUGGAGCUGUCGGAGAUCAAGCAGAAGUUGGCCGGAUGUGGAGCUCCAGGAGUGGUUUCCGUUUCGGCUGGAAAGGCGGCAGCUGCCGUGGAUCGAUUGACGGACACAAGCAAGUACACCGGUUCCCACAAGGAACGCUUCGAUGCCUCCGGAAAGGGCAAGGGAAUCGCCGGCAGGCGCAAUUUGGUCGAUGGAUCUGGUUAUGUGAGUGGCUAUCAGCACAAGGACACCUACGACAAUGCCAACAAAUAAGGGAAUCACCAAUUUUAAACCGCCCAUUCUCUCUAAAAAAUGUCUUUCUAACUUUUGUGUUUCCUUAGUUAAUGUCUCUCAUUUCGUUUGGUAGCUGCAGUAAUUUAUCUUUGUGUACAUAAUCUAAGUUUGUGAUAAUUUAAGUGCUUACAAAUAAAUUGAUAUAUUUUGAUUA